AUGAGGCAAUUGGAUGUUAAGAAUGCCUUCCUACAUGGGUUUCUAAAGGAAGAAGUAUUCAUGGAACAACCUCCAGGAUUUAUAAAUGAGGACCUUCCGAAUCAUGUCUGCAAAUUGAAUCGCUUUCUUUAUGGCCUUAAGCAAGCUCCAAGGGCCUGGUUUGAUAGACCAUCCCAAUGUCUUCUUCAUUUGGGGUUUUACUGUGGUAAAGCAUACUCAUCUCUAUUUAUUCUUCACAAAGGGAAAUCCGUAAUGGAAAGAUCACAGCAAGCGAGUGGGUCGGAGACACAGCCAUGGACCGAAGAAGAUGACCUCAAGCUCAUUGAAUCUAUAAAGAAAUGGAAAACCGAAUGGAAAUCAAUGAUGGUAAGACCAGAGGAGCAGACACCGCGAUGGACCACCGAAGAAGAAGACCAGAGGGUUUUUGAAUGUCAAUGCAGAAAUCCCGAUCCAGAUAUCGCAAUGCUGACAGGGCUGAGCGGGAGUGGCAAGAGUUGUAGGGAGAGGUGGAAUAACGAUCUGGAUUCUAAUGUCCAGAGAGGGAACUUCUCCCAAGAGGAAGACGACGCCAUCAUCUGCUUCCAGUCGCUCUAUAGGAAUUGCUGGGAAAGUAUAGCAGCUCAUCUUCCAGGGCGAACCGAUAAUGAUGUCAAGAGCCGCUGGUACAGCCAUUUGAAGAAGCAGAUUUGGAGAAGUACUGAUGAGAAUAUUCUUGACCCACAAAGUAGCACCAGGGAUCAGCCACAUGCCACACAACUCUUUCAUCUCAACCACAAUAUUGAUCCAAACACAAGCUUAAGCUCGAUUCCUACACCAGUUUCAACCUCACAAGAAAUCACCAGCCCUUGGUCCACUUCUGAACUAGCCUACCCAGAAUUUCCAGGGGGAUAUCUUCUGCGUGAUGAUGAGACUAUCCAUCACUCUUUCAGGGGAGAUUACUUUGAGUUUGAGCCCACACAACUCUUUCAUCUCAACCACAAUAUUGAUCCAAACGCAAGCUCAAGCUUGAUUCCUACACCGGUUUCAGCCUCACAAGAAAUCACCAACCCUUGGCCCACUUCUAAAUUAGCCUACCCAGAAUUUCCAAUGGGGUAUCUCCUUAGUGAUGAUGAGACUAUCCAUCACUCUUUCAGGGGAGAUUACUUUGGGUUUGAGCCCACACAACUCUUUGAUUUCAACCACAAUGUUGAUCCAAAUGCAAGGUCAGGCUCGAUUCCUCCACCGGUUUCAGCCUCACAAGAAAUCGCCAACCCUUGGUCCACUUCUGAAUUAGCCUACCCAGAAUUUCCAAGGGGGUAUCUCCCGAGUGAUGAUGAGACUAUCCAUCACUCUUUCGGGGGAGAUUACUUUGGGUUUGAGCCCACACAACUCUUUGAUUUCAACCACAAUAUUGAUCCAAAUGCAAGCUCAGGCUCGAUUCCUCCACCGGUUUCAACCUCUCAAGAAAUUCCCAACCCUUGGUCCACUUCUGAAUUAGCCUACCCAGAAUUUCCAAGGGGAUAUCUUCUGAGUGAUGAUGAGACUAUCCAUCACUCUUUCAGGGGAGAUUACUUUGAGCCUUGGAUUUCUGGACCAUUUUCAGCCUCACUGGAGAGCGAGUUCAUGCCAAUUGAAAACGUCACCAGAUUUUAGUUUGCUUGAAAAAAUAUAUAGAACUUUCUACUAGUCAUUAUGCAUAAGUUCCACAUAGAUAUAUAGACACACAAGUGUGUGUGUUUGUUCCAUGUUCAUGAAUCCAUCUUAUAAUAAACCUGUGUUAGUAUUAUGUUGAAGGGUUAUUAGACGGUUAUCAGACCCAUUAAUGUUAUAAAAGUCUUCAAUUUUA